UCUUCACUUUAUUCUUCGCGAUCUUCUAUCAAUGUACAAAGAUUUAGAAUUUUGGAAAAAGUUAUCCGAACAGUGAUAUUUUUCUAUGCUAAAAUUAACGUCUCGAGUUUAAAAAUUUCAUGUAAAACUUUAAUGGGAAAUAUAAACUAUGUCGAAAUCAAUACUAUUAAGAAUACAAUCUCAAGAGGGUACGAAACGAUUGCAAAUCGAUGCCAACGAUUCGACGUCAACUUUAUACGAUAAAGUUCACGACGAUUUCUCGUUAUCCAGCUAUGCAUUCGCUUUGUUCACGAAUCGAGGCCAUCAAGGCGAAAUCAUUUCAUCGCGAACGAAAACAAUCUCUUCGGCUGGUUUAAAACACGGAGAUUUAUUGUACUUGGAACCUUUGAACGGAGCUGUAAUAUUUGAUAAUGCGGAUUAUCUCGACGAAGCGAGCUUUUACAGUAAAAGUGUAGCCGGACCUUCGCGUUCAUCGGCCGGAAACUCAUCUAAUGGGUCUAGUUCGACGUCCACCGCCAAUACGUUUCCUAGUAAUAAUAAUUCGGCCGAAGACGAAGUCGAUCAGUUGUUAUGGAAAUCUGAUGGUAAAGUCAAGAGACAACGAGAUCCCAAAUUAUGUCGUCAUGGGACUAAAGCACAGUGCGUUCAUUGUUCGUCGUUGGAACCGUUCGAUGAAGCUUAUCUAACCGAGCAUAAUAUUAAGCACAUGUCGUUUCAUUCUUAUUUAAGAAAAUUAACAGCCGGAGUCGAUAGAGGGAAGUUCGUCCUGUUAGAAGAUAUCAGUUGUAGAAUUAAGCCAGGAUGCAAAGAUCAUCCUCCAUGGCCCAAAGGAAUCUGCUCAAAAUGUCAACCCAGCGCUAUCACUCUUAAUAGACAAAUAUACAGACACGUAGAUAAUGUUAUGUUUGAAAAUCCGCAUCUGGUUGAAAAUUUCUUAAACUACUGGAGAUCCAGCGGUCACCAAAGGAUCGGUUAUCUGUAUGGUAAAUACGAGAUACAUUCGGAUGUUCCUCUGGGCAUUAGAGCUACAGUUGCUGCUAUCUACGAACCUCCUCAGGAGAGUACUAGAGAUAGCAUUAAAUUGUUACCAGACGAUAAAGAAAUGAUCGUUGAAGAAAUAGCUCAAAAGUUAGGAUUGAAGAGAGUCGGUUGGAUCUUUACCGAUCUUAUCGCUGAUGAUAUUCAACGAGGAACGGUAAAAUGUGUACGAGGUAUCGAAAGUCAUUUUCUAUCAUCACAAGAAUGCAUCAUGGCUGGUCAUUUUCAAAACCUGCAUCCGAAUCCCUGUCGUUUCGCACCUGGUGGCUCGUUCGGUUCGAAAUUUGUAACCCUCUGUGUGACAGGCGAUGCUACGAAUCAAGUGCAUAUGGAAGGAUACAGUGUUUCGAAUCAGUGUAUGGCGUUGGUCAGAGAUGGUUGUUUGUUGCCUACAGUUGAUGCAGCUGAACUUGGAUUCAUCAGGGAGUCAUCUGAUAAGCAGUACGUUCCGGAUGUAUUUUAUAAGGAGAAAGAUAAAUAUGGAAACGAAGUGUCAAAAUUAGCGAGACCUUUGCCUGUGGAGUAUUUGUUAGUAGACGUUCCUACGUCGACGCCUCUUACGCCUCAAUAUACAUUUCCGGUUAAUUACAAUACUACUCCUUUUCCAGUUGAAAACAGACUUAUCGAUGGUCACGUGCAAGAUUUUAAUUCAUUAUCGAACUAUCUGAUGCAAUUUUCAAACGAUUCGUUCUCCGACGCUAUAUCCGAUUUUCACCUGUUGUUGUAUAUCGCCACCAAUACGAUAGUGCCGAUGAAGGAUUACAUGGAUCCUUUACUGGAGGCGAUUCGUACCGGUAACACCGAGGCUAUAUUAGAUUGGAAGAAAUCGGAACACUGGGCCACACUGGAACAACUGAUCUUGGCUUCGUACAGUUCCUUAAAAAGGCGACCCUCGAAUGCGAACAGCGACACGAGUAUGUCUACUUCUAGUACCCCGGGCCGGGAAUCGUACGAUAAUUUCUCAUCGUCGUCGAAUGGUCAACCGUGGACAUGUCCUCAUUGCACUUUUCUCAACAGUCCUGUCCUUAACGCCUGUGAUAUGUGUAGUUUACCUCGAUAAAUACCUAUUACGAGUAUCCGACGAUUUACGAGUUUCUUCUCUCAUCAUAAUAAUAUUGUGUAAAAGGCGAUGAGCAACAAAUAAUGAACGAUAACUGGCACCACGGAUAGGCCUAGUUAACUUUUUCACUGCGUUUUGUAAAUACCUAUAGGAUAACUUUUUUGUAUUUUUUAAUAUUGCCUCGUCGAUCUUCUUAUAUAUUUUCCGAUUCAUUAUUUUUUUUCCUCUCCCCGUUUCAUUGGUUCCGAUGUUAUUUAUGUAUAUUUCAAUACACACCCUCCCCCCCCCCUUAUAUACUACUUUAUAUACUUACGAAGAAUUUUCAAACGGAAUUUCGUGGUGUUUCGUUAUACAUAUUACGUAUUCAUCUUGUAAUAAUAAUAAUGAUGAUGAUGACUGUGUUGAUGAUUACGAUGUUUAUAAAGAUAUUUUUCUCUAUAGUUAAUCAGUUGUACAACUAAUAAUCUUUUGGCCGAUUGUUUUGAAUUUUCCGUUGCAAUAAAUUUCUUUUUUUUUUCGUUUCGA